AUGGAGAGCGCGGCGGGUCCGCUCCGAAAUGCCUACCCCGAUCGUGUUCUCGAAAGCAAAGCCCCGGGUGUCCCACUGGACAGCGGUGUGCCGGGCCGUGGUCCACGCACCCAACCCCAGGCGCCGAGGGGGGAUCGUGCUGGGGCUCCCCAUCCGUCGCCCGAGCCGCAGCCGUGCCCAGGGGGCGCGUUCCUGCCUGCCACCCACCACCCCGGGGAGCAGCGCGCCCUCGGGGUCCGCCUGGGACCUGCCAGCUCCGCGCUGGCGGCUCCUGGACAGCCCCGGGACUCUGCCAGGUGGAUGUUGUGCGUAGCCGGAGCCAAGUUGAAGAGGGAACUCGAUGCCACCGCAACAGUAUUGGCAAACCGGCAAGAUGAAAGCGAGCAGUCAAGAAAGCGGCUCAUCGAGCAGAGCCGUGAGUUCAAGAAGAACACUCCAGAGGAUUUGCGCAAGCAGGUAGCGCCACUGCUGAAGAGCUUCCAAGGCGAGAUUGAUGCACUGAGUAAAAGAAGCAAAGAAGCUGAGGCAGCCUUCUUGAAUGUCUACAAGAGAUUGAUUGAUGUUCCAGAUCCCGUUCCCGCACUGGACCUUGGGCAGCAGCUCCAGCUCAAAGUGCAGCGCCUGCACGACAUUGAGACGGAGAACCAAAAACUUAGGGAAACUCUCGAAGAAUACAACAAGGAAUUCGCCGAAGUGAAAAAUCAAGAGGUUACGAUAAAAGCACUUAAAGAGAAAAUCCGAGAAUAUGAACAGACUCUGAAGAACCAGGCUGAGACCAUAGCUCUCGAAAAGGAACAAAAGUUACAAAAUGAUUUUGCAGAAAAGGAGAGAAAGCUGCAGGAGACCCAGAUGUCCACCACCUCAAAGCUAGAAGAAGCCGAGCAUAAAGUCCAGACUCUGCAAACAGCCCUGGAAAAAACUCAAACAGAAUUAUUUGACCUGAAAACCAAAUAUGAUGAAGAAAUUACUGCCAAGGCCGACGAAAUUGAAAUGAUCAUGACGGACCUUGAAAGAGCAAACCAGAGGGCAGAGGUGGCUCAAAGAGAGGCAGAGACCUUGAGGGAGCAGCUCUCGUCAGCCAACCACUCUCUCCAGCUGGCCUCCCAGAUCCAGAAGGCGCCGGACGUGGAGCAGGCCAUAGAGGUGCUGACCCGCUCCAGCCUGGAAGCUGAGUUGGCCGCCAAGGAGCGGGAGAUCGCCCAGCUAGUGGAGGACGUGCAGAGACUCCAGGCCAACCUCAGCAAGCUGCGUGAGAAUUCGGCCAGCCAGAUCUCCCAGCUCGAGCAGCAGCUGAGCGCCAAGAACAGCACCCUCAAGCAACUGGAAGAAAAACUCAAGGGACAGGCUGACUAUGAAGAGGUGAAGAAAGAGCUAAACAUCCUGAAGUCCAUGGAGUUUGCGCCGGCCGAGGGAGCUGGGACGCAGGAUGCAUCCAGGCCCCUGGAGGUGCUGCUGCUGGAGAAGAACCGCUCGCUGCAGUCCGAGAACGCCGCGCUGCGCAUCUCCAACAGCGACCUGAGCGGGUCAGCCAGGAGAAAAGGGAAAGACCAGCCUGAGAGUCGGCGUCCUGGACCUUUGCCGGCCUCCCCUCCUUCUCAGUUGCCCCGCAACACGGGGGAGCAGGCUUCCAAUACUAAUGGUACACACCAGUUCUCACCAGCGGGGUUAACGCAAGACUUUUUCAGCUCAUCCCUGGCAAGCCCCAGCCUGCCCCUGGCUUCUACGGGAAAAUUUGCACUAAACUCUCUCCUCCAACGACAGCUAAUGCAGUCCUUCUACUCCAAGGCCAUGCAGGAAGCAGGAAGCACAAGCAUGAUUUUUUCAACAGGUCCAUACAGCACAAACUCCAUAUCUUCCCAAAGUCCAUUACAACAAAGCCCAGAUGUAAAUGGCAUGGCCCCAUCUCCCAGCCAGUCAGAAAGUGCUGGGAGCGUCUCUGAGGGCGAGGAGAUAGACACUGCAGAAAUCGCCCGGCAGGUGAAAGAGCAGCUGAUCAAGCACAAUAUUGGACAGCGCAUUUUCGGACACUACGUCUUGGGACUGUCUCAGGGGUCCGUGAGCGAGAUCCUGGCCCGGCCCAAGCCGUGGAACAAACUGACGGUGCGCGGCAAGGAGCCGUUUCACAAGAUGAAGCAGUUCCUCUCGGACGAGCAGAACAUCCUGGCUCUUCGCAGCAUCCAAGGCAGACAAAGAGAGAAUCCAGGCCAGAGCCUGAACAGACUCUUUCAGGAAGUACCGAAACGAAGAAAUGGGUCUGAAGGUAACAUCACCACCCGGAUCCGAGCCUCCGAGACCGGGUCUGACGAAGCCAUCAAGUCCAUCCUAGAACAAGCCAAGAGGGAGCUGCAAGUCCAGAAAACCGCAGAGCCGGCCCAGCCUUCCUCAGCGUCCAGCGGCGGGAGCACAGACGAUGCCAUCCGCUCCAUCCUGCAGCAGGCCCGCCGGGAGAUGGAGGCCCAGCAGGCCGCCCUCGAGCCCACCUUAAAGCCCAUGCCGCCGUCCCAGACGGACAUCGCCCUCCUGACCCCCAAGCUGAUACCUGCCUCACCCAUGUCUUCCGUGUCCAGUUACUCCCCGCUAGCCGUCUCCCUAAAGAAGCCCCCCUCGGCUCCAGACGCCAGCGCCCCCACCCUACCCAACCCGCCGGCCCUGAAGAAGGAGUCCCAGGACACGCCCGGGCCGGACCUCCCGGGGGCAAACGACCCCGCCGCACAGGGGGUCCUGAGACACGUGAAGAGUGAGCUGGGCCGCGGCGGCGUGUGGAAGGACCACUGGUGGAGCGCCGUCCAGCCCGAGAGGAAGAACAGCGCUCCACCCGAAGACCCCAAGGCCGAAGACGCCAGCGGUGGCAAAGAAAAAGGCAGCGGCAGCACUGGCAGCGGUGGGCAGGCGCGGGCGGAGCGCAGCCAGCUCCAGGGCCCCUCCUCCUCUGAGUACUGGAAAGACUGGCCCAGCGCAGAGUCGCCCUACUCCCAGAGCUCAGAGCUGAGCCUGACCGGAGCCAGCCGCAGCGAGACGCCCCAGAACAGCCCUCUGCCCUCCUCACCCAUCGUGCCCCUGUCGAAGCCCACCAAGCCCUCGGUCCCGCCGCUGACCCCCGAGCAGUAUGAGAUCUACAUGUACCAGGAGGUGGACACCAUCGAGCUCACCCGGCAGGUGAAGGAGAAGCUGGCCAAGAAUGGCAUCUGUCAGAGGAUCUUCGGGGAGAAGGUGCUAGGCCUGUCACAGGGCAGUGUCAGCGACAUGCUGUCCCGGCCGAAGCCAUGGAGCAAGCUGACCCAGAAAGGCCGAGAACCCUUCAUCCGGAUGCAGCUCUGGCUGAACGGCGAGCUGGGCCAGGGCGUCCUGCCCGUCCAAGGGCAGCAGCAAGGGCCAGUCCUGCACUCCGUGACGUCACUACAAGACCCCCUGCAGCAGGGCUGCGUGAGCUCAGAAAGCACUCCAAAGACCUCUGCCAGCUGCAGCCCUGCACCCGAGUCACCCAUGAGCUCCAGCGAGUCAGUGAAGAGUCUGACGGAACUGGUCCAGCAGCCCUGCCCCCCCAUCGAAACGAGUAAGGAUGGCAAACCGCCAGAACCCAGUGAUCCGCCCGCCUCAGACUCCCAGCCUGCCACCCCACUGCCUCUCUCUGGACACUCAGCGCUCAGCAUUCAAGAGCUGGUGGCCAUGUCUCCAGAGCUGGACACCUACGGCAUCACCAAGAGGGUCAAGGAGGUGUUGACCGACAACAACCUCGGUCAGCGCUUAUUUGGGGAGACCAUCCUGGGGCUCACCCAAGGCUCCGUCUCUGACCUCCUUGCUCGCCCCAAGCCCUGGCACAAGCUUAGUCUGAAGGGACGGGAGCCCUUUGUCCGGAUGCAGCUGUGGCUGAAUGACCCCAACAACGUGGAGAAGCUGAUGGACAUGAAACGGAUGGAAAAGAAAGCCUACAUGAAGCGGCGGCACAGCUCGGUCAGCGACAGCCAGCCCUGCGAGCCCCCAUCCGUUGGCAUCGACUACAGCCAGGGCGCCAGCCCCCAGCCCCAGCACCAGCUGAAGAAACCCCGAGUAGUGCUGGCCCCCGAAGAGAAAGAAGCUCUGAAACGAGCAUAUCAGCAAAAGCCAUACCCGUCACCAAAAACCAUCGAAGAGCUCGCCACCAAGCUCAACUUGAAAACCAGCACCGUCAUCAACUGGUUCCACAACUACAGGUCUCGGAUCCGCAGAGAACUGUUCAUUGAGGAGAUUCAGGCCGGGAGCCAGGGCCAGGCCGGGGCCAGCGAUUCGCCGUCGGCCCGGAGCGGCCGGGCCGCGCCCAGCUCGGAGGGCGACAGCUGCGACGGCGUGGAGGCCGCCGAGGGCCCGGGCGCCGCGGACGUCGAAGAGUCGGGCGGCCCCGCGGCCGCCGCCAAGUCUCAGGGAGGGCCGGCCGAGGCGGCUGCGGCCCCGGAGGAGCGGGAGGAGGCGCCGCGGCCAGCGGAGAAGGCAGAGCCGCCGCCCUUGGGGACGCCGGUCCCAGACGCCGCCGCCGCCGCCGACGAGGGCCGGCCCCGGGCGCCGCCGCCGCCACCCGAGGGUCCCGCGGACGGCCCGGGGCCCGUGCCAAACCCCGCCGCCGCCGCCGCGCCCGCGGCCGGGGAGGACGCCGCUACCUCAGCCGCCCCGCCGGGCGAGGGCCCCUGCCGGGCCCGGGACGGCGCCGACAGGAGUUCCGCUUUGCCAAGCACCAGCGCGCCCGCGGCAGCCCGCAGGCCCAGCUCGCUGCAGAGCCUCUUCGGCCUCCCGGAGGCGGCGGGCGCCAGGGACUCGCGAGACAACCCCUUGAGGAAGAAGAAGGCCGCGAACUUGAACAGCAUAAUCCACCGCCUGGAGAAGGCCGCCAGCCGCGAGGAACCCAUCGAAUGGGAGUUCUGA